UGAUCUGAAGAUUUGUUACCACUCAAAUCGAAUCACAUCACAUAAGUCGAGCUUUUCUUCACAUCAGCUGCACUAACACGUGAAAUCACAGCUUCUAUUUGUAUCAACCAACGUGGUUUGAAUUCCUUCGUUCCAACGAAGAAGCCCGGUGACAUGAUUGAUGACAUCUAGAGAUGACGUACAUCGUCCUUCUUCCUCGCUUGCUUCCCCUGAAGUUCCUGUGCCGGUCGCUGAUACCAAACCAAAGUCUUCUUCCUUGGUUUCCUCGUAGGAAUGCCAUCAUCUUCUUUAUAAGAAGAAGACUCCACAUCCGAUCUCCCAACUUCAUUCGGUUUGGCUCCCCAUAAGUCCAAAUGGGUUCGGACUGGAUUCAUCAGUCCUCUCCUAGCCUCGACCUCCGCGUCGGCCCUCGUCGGUCUCCCGACCAAGCUCCGGUUGGAGUUCUAGAAGCCAUGCUGAAUCAGAUAAGCGAAGAGAACAGGAGGCUUACCGGGAUGGUCAGCGACAUGUACAAGAACCAUAGUGCGCUCCGCCGACGGUUGUCUUAUCUCGCAAGCGUAUCUCCAUGUGAGAAGGGAUCAGCCUCGCCGAAGAGGAAGAGGGUCGACUGCGAGAAGCACGCUGCAUCCGAUGACGAACAUGGGUGCAAAAGAUCGAGAGAAGAUGCCAUGACCAAGACGUCGAAGGUUUAUGUGCGAACCGACCCGUCCGAUCCGAGCUUGGUGGUGAUGGACGGGUACCAGUGGAGGAAGUACGGGCAGAAGGUGACCAGGGGCAACCCCUUCCCCAGAGCUUACUUCAGAUGCUCCUUUGCUCCUUCAUGCCCUGUGAAGAAGAAGGUUCAAAGAAGCGCGGAAGACAAAUCGCUGCUGGUGGCCACAUACGAAGGUGUACACAACCACAAACACCCAUCGCCGGAUGAAGUCUAUACGGUCAAGUGUCCAUCGCACAUCAACUCUUCUGCCCCGUCGAUCGAUCCGGUCGUCACGCGACAACCUGACGUCGAUAGGGGUUUCGGAGAGAUCGAAUCGCCCAAGUUUGACAGAGCGCUGGUGGAGCAGAUGGUGGCGACGUUGACCAAAGACCCAAACUUCACUGCUGCUGUCGCCGCUGCAAUAUCCGAGAGAUUCCUUCGAGACCCACCAGCUUAACACUGGGCAUCGAGUGCGUAACGAUCUACAGCUCGCCUGAGGAAUUCAAAUCUGACGUAGUAUUGGGAUAAAUUUUACAAGGGAAGAAAAGAAUUCACAUAAAUAAAAAUAUUCAAAUCUUGAGAAUAAUUUAUUUUGACUAAGUGAACGGGUAAAGCUGUGACAAUUAUUAGAGUUUAAUACAGAUGUAAUUAUCUUGUAACAGCUUAAGCUAUUGUAAUUACUGAUCACUUAAUUCAAAAACUCUAUCAUUGUAUCGAAGGAUGUUUAUAUAUUUAAA